UGAGCAGCGCCGCCGCCUGGCCGGAGGUUUCCUUCUGUUGACACUGAGCAAAAGGAGACAAAAAUGGCGGACAUCCGGAAAAUCUGUCCUGAGUCUUUGCCCUGCCGUAUCAACUAUUCACGAAAACAGUCACUUCAGGGGAAGCUUUUCAUCCUUGCUUGUAUACUUAUAGUGGACUCCGGAGGAGCUACGACUCACUGGGUUGUCACAGAGGAUGGGAAAAUUCAACAACAGGUUGAUUCACCCUUGAAUCUGAAACAUCCACAUGACGUUGUGAUCUUCAUGAGGCAAGAGACUCGGGUUAACUAUCUCAAGAAGUUGGAGAAGCAGCUAGUGGCACAGAAGAUUCACAUAGAAGAAAAUGAGGACAGAGACACAGGGCUGGAGCAGAGACACUACAAAGAGGAUGCAGACUGUAUCAUGGCUAAGGUACCCUUGGGGGACCUGGACCUGUAUGAUGGCACUUAUAUCUCCUUGGAAAGCAAAGACAUCAGCCCUGAAGACUAUGUGGAUUUCUGGUCAUCUCUACCACCAGAUCUAGAAAAGCCUGACUGUGCAAAAGUGUUUGAACUGCCUUAUAGUAUCCAUGCUUUCCAGCAUCUCAGGGGUGUGCAGGAGAAGGCAAACUUGACCUCCCCACUUCUUUCUAAGGAGGAUCCCAUUUUUAGUUCCCUGUCUCAUAAACUGGGCCACAGUAUUGAUGAGGUGGGCCAUCGGAUCCAUCAAGGUUUAAUAAGGAAUUCAUCAUCUUGGGUGCUGUAUAACAUGGCCUCUUUUUUCUGGCGUAUGAAGAACGAGCCACAGAGGGCAGUGGACUGUGUGGUGCGUGCCCUGCAUUUUUCUCCAAGGCAACACAAGGAUGUAGCCCUGGUCAACAUGGCCAAUAUCCUGCACCGUGCCCAUUUCUCAGCUGAUGCUGCUAUUCUCGCCCAUGCUGCCCUCGACCUUACCUCAGUUCUCUUCACCAGCCACUACACUUUAGGCAACAUUUAUGCUAUGCUUGGGGAAUACAAUCACUCAGUGCUAUGUUAUGAGCAGGCACUGCAGGCCCAGCCAGGGUUUGAGCAAGCCUUGAGGAGGAAGCAUGCUGUGCUCUGUCAGCAGAAGCUGGAGCAGCGUCUGGAAGCCCAGCACAGAUCCCUGCAGCGGACCUUGAAUGAACUGAAGGAGUACCAGAAGCAGCAUGACCACUACCUUCGCCAGCAGGAGGCACUGGACAAGCACAAGCUCCUGCAGGAAGAACAGAUCCUGCACAACAUUAUCCAUGAGACCCAGAUGGCCAAGGAAGCCCAGCUUGGGAACCAUCAGAUGUGUCGGCUUGGUCAGCAGCAACGCAGUCUCUACUGCCCCUUUGACUUGCCUGUGCGCUAUCACCGGGGUGAUCUGUUUGAACAUGUCCACUAUGUCCAAUUUGGAGAGGAGGUGUCAGUGGCAUCUAGUGUGGCACUUGUGUCUGAGCGCAGCUCAAACCAGACAGCACCCAGCCCACAGCUCCAUCCCUCUGUGUCUGGAAAUCAAGACCCUGCUGCUGCCCUCUGGGGCAGCCAUCAGGAUUACACACAGGACAUACAGACGAUGUUGUGGCCUCAGAGGAGUGACUGUUCCCGUGAGUAUCCAACUGUUCCCCCUGCUCACCUGUUGCCAACCUACUACCUUCCACCUGAAACACAGGGCCUCAGCUCAGUGGCAACCCUUCUCUAUGGUAAGAGCAGUCCUCCUCAGACAGUAGCUCUGCCAGACUGUAGUCCAGUUCCCCAACCGUACCCAGCCCUCCUCCCUGCCUCACUAGACUGGCCACUGGAAGAAAAGGAGCUUCCAGACCCCUUUGCUUCACAGGCACUACAGGUUCGUAGUGGAGGAUGGACACUGGAGCAGAUUGGCUCCACAAUAGCUCAGGCUGUAAAACAAGCCACUAUACCCCACUGGCAGGUCCACAAUGAAGCAGCUCUGUUCUGGCAAGCUAAGGGCAACGGCAGCCGUGCCCUGCAGUGCUUACGCCAGGUGUUGAGCUCAGCUCCGCCUUCCCACCGCCAUUUGCCCCUCACCAAUGCUGCCAACCUGCUGCUACACCACGGCUUGACUGCCCAUGCACAAACACUGCUGGAGCAAGCGUUGGCACUCAAUGCAUCAGAGCCCCAUACCUUGCUCAGCCUGGUGAGUGUGCAGUUGGCACAGGGCAAUGUGACAGGUGCUCUGGCCUUGUUUCGCCACAUUCUGGUGAUGGCCCUUUCCUCCUCCUCUUCCUUCUCAUUGUUUGCUGGCUGUAAACAGUGUUGCACCACCCUACCUCUGCUACGUUGUCUGCAGUUUUACCCCUUCCUUUACAAUCUUUCUCACCGACAGCCCUGCUUGCAGGGUGCUCCCUGCAUGGCUGAGGAUGAUCUUGGUAUACAAUUAGAAGAAUGGGAGGGCAGCGAAGAGAAGCAGGAUGCACCAGCCAUUUCUCCCAUGGAGGACUCAUUGCUGUUUGAGAAGGUUAUCUUGGACAGUAAUGGGUCAGGUGAAGCAGCUGGACAGCAGCGGACUUCUCCCUCUGCCUCAGGCCCAGCUAAAAUAGCCACCCCAUUUGGAGGUGGAAGAGUGGAAGGGGAGGAGGAAUGGCAGUUGAAGGAGGACCUGAUGGGAGCUUUUGAGGGAGCACUGGAUGUUGGAGGCAAACGAGGAGACCUGCAAGGUAUCCGGGUGCUAAAAAAUGACCGUGUCAUGGGUGCCCGUGCUGGAGGAGGCCCCUGCUUCGGAAACUGCGAGGACGAUGAGGGAGCAGAGUGGAUCACCUUCCAGGUAAAGCGGGUCAGGAAGGCUAAGGUGGAUGGGACGGAGAGUGUUGCCAGCUCUGAUGACAACCCGAAUGGGGAGUCAUUGCCUGGACACUCUGUCCUGGAGAUCAGUGGACCAACUAUUCCAUCGCCUGGACCUUCAGGUUGCUGGAGGGACUACACAAGUCUUGGCUGGCCAGGGCCAGAGGAAUGCCAGCGAAUACGAAGGGUGGACCUCACCACUGUAGCUAGUACCUGGCUGGCUGUCUCUGCCAAGAACAUUGAGUAAGACUCCCACUGUCACGAUCAUAGUCAUGUUUUCAUCUGGUGUUGCAUUACAGCUAGUCAUUUACAAAGAGUUGCAAAGCUGAUUCAUGUAUCUUCUUUUUAUAUCCCUAUGAAUUUAGUUGGCACUGAAACAUUGACCAUGUAAACCCUGUCAUAUUUUAGGAGUCACCAUCCUAAUGUGUUGCCUUUUUUUUAUAUUCUUUUUCUUUUUGUCACAGCAGAACUGGAAAAAGUAAACAAUAGUCUAGAAAAUCAAUGUUCACAAGUUUUAAGAUUUCUUAGAAAUAUGUGGUGUGAUUCUUUUAAUAAAUACCUUUUGAGUCUUUAGAAAUUUAAACAGGACCAGGCAAACAAAGGAAAAAUUGAGUAGCUUCCUCACUGAUGUUGUUGCAUCACAGGAGAACCACAACCAAAGUACAGUAAUACAGUUUUUUCUUUUGUGUUUCACUU